AUGUUAUUUCGUCUUUUACACUCUUUCAUCGUUAAGCAAUAUCCUCAAAUCAGCCCUGAUUUCGAAAAUGCUGAUAUACUAGUUAAUACCAUUGAACUACUAAGCAAAUUUGAAAAGAACAUUAGAAAUAAAAUGGUCCAUGGAAUAAUAGUUGAUGAAAAAGGUGGAGAUUACAAAGAUGUAUAUAACUUGACGGCUAAUUCUCAUCCAAGUCGACGUGGGUGUGCAACUUACUCUGAGCAAUGCUCUGUGG